AUGGCCAACGUCCUUCGUGCUCAACGUGUAAUACAGCUGGGGAGACCCCCAAGCAAACGUUACGUAGAGGCGCUCCAAGAAAGGAUCAGAACAUUGGAAGCACAAAUCGAACGUUUCCAGAACAACGCUGCAACUCAGGACAGACUCGCGUCGAGCUUUGUUGAAGACACCUACAGCAAUUCGGAGGGUGAUUCCCUUCCUGACGAUUCUAGCUACAGAUCUCCAAUCAAGGAUAUAAGCGAUCGACUUGGAGCUCUCAACAUUGGCGAAGAUGGCCAGAUCCACUACUUCGGUUCUAGGAGUAACUUCUCACUACUGAAGAAUAGUCCUGCAGCAAGCUCGACUGUGUCAUCGCGUGAGCUGCAGAAACAGGCUGCAGAUACACUUGACCAACUUAAUCUUCGCGUUGAUAUAUCCGACGAAUUACGGAAUCAUCUCUUGGACCUCUUUUGGAGUUGGCAGAAUACAUGGCAGUAUCUCGUCGUCAAAGAAUUGUUCCUCGAAGAUCUGUACAUCACUCAUUCCGGCCGAUACGCCUCACCUUUAUUGCUUUCCUCUGUCUUGGCGCUUGCAGCUCGGUAUUCGGAUCGGAUCGAACUACGAACUGAUCCUCUUGACCAGAAUACGGCUGGUAACGCGUUGGCUGAGCAGGCCAAGAUGAUCUUGUUUUAUGAGAGCCAGGCGCCGAAGGUGACGACAGUGCAGGCGACAGCGUUGCUUGGGUUGCGAGAGAUAGCUACUGACAAGGAGGCUCUUGGAUGGAUGUAUUGCGGUAUGGCAGCAAGAAUGGCCUUCAACCUUGGACUUCAUCUCGACCGAAGCCACUGGGUCGAUACAGGACACAUAACUAAGGAUGAAGCUGAAGUUGGAACUAUUGUUUGGUGGGGAUGCUAUGUUUUAGAUAAGCUAUUUAAUAUUGGACUUGGUCGACCAUCCACUAUCCAAGAACACGAAACAUCUGCCAAGCUACCUUCUAUGGAACAUGGUGCAGAGUACGAAUCUUGGCAUUCCGAGUCUCCGAUCGGUGAACCUAUCGUUUUCCCUCGGAGUCACCAAGUCUCGAAUGUUCGUGCGACCGUUCAGCUAUUUAGGGUCACAUCUUCAGCCUUGGAUGAGAUAUAUAGGCCUGGCAGCCAACAUGCUAAGUCGCGAAUCAUGGAGCUCGUCACCAAAACACAUGUCAAUAUCAUCGAGUUUCAGAUAAAUCUUCCGAGCUGUCUUCGACUAUCACCAUCGCCACUGGCACCUACGCUACCUCACAUCUACUUGCUACAUCUUCAGAUCCAUGUUGCCAUAAUCUUGCUGCAUCGGCCUUUUGUCGGAGUGCAGCGAAAGACAUUAGACUCUGGCAGUUUUCAUCCCAGCACCGGAUCAAGUCACCUCAAGGAGUGUAGUCAGUCUUCACAUUCCAUCGGUAAUAUCUUCAAGCUUUACAGCAAACACUACACCUUACGACGAAUACCCAUCUCAGCCAUUCACUGCGCUUUCACAGCAUCAAUCAUUCUUCUCCUUGAAACAACGUCUACAGAUGCAAAAGACCGUGAUCGCGCUAUAGCUUCACUAAAAGUGUUGGCAGAAGCACUCACUGACAUGAGUACUGCUUGGGCCUGGAGCCAGCGUGCAUUGCUUGCAAUUCGCCAACUGGCUCGGGAGUGGUCAGUCAGUGAAGAUGCGUUCGGUGCACUUGGGAUCAGCAAAGAAGAAAGCGGACAGGCCACUGGGGGUGCUAUCGUGGGUACAUCGCAAGGGCUCGAUGAGGAUGAAUGUAGUAGUUCACUCUGGGCAGCAGAAGGCCCCCAUUGUUUUGACAUGGACAUUCCAUUUAUGACUAGUGACGGCUUGGACUAUCAGGGAUGGAUUGGCACACUGUUUACAGAACCGGGGUAUCCAGGUGACGCUGCUUGA